AUGCCGGACUCUAGCAUGACCAGUCAUGAUGGCUCAGAGUCAUGCUUCGCUUUCCCUGACUCUCGCACUGCACUGACUUUCUUCAACAGCGACCUGACGGACUCUGUUCUAGCGAGUGAUGAGGGUUUCGUCAGUGACGAUGACGAUCCUGAUGAUGAGUCCUCCAUCCCUUCGGCCUAUUUAGCAGCAUUCCCUGUUGAACGGCCUCUGUCACCACUGCCCGAGUCUAGGAAUACCAGCACGUUGUCGAUGAGCUCAGAACUCGAUAGUAGCUCACAGCAUGGUCUAUCUGAAAGCGACUCAGAUAUCGAUAAGCCGGGAACCCCAGUUACAUCUCCCGAUCACGGCUGUUUGUCCUCAGACUCUUCUGGUUCUAGUUCUGAAAGCGACGACGACUCUGACAUCCUCGCGCCCCCUCGUCGUCAUUCCCAAGAAGGCGAUAGCCCAGAUGAGCCACCCAGAACCUCUACGAUCGUGUCACCGACACAGAAUUUCAAUCCAGAAACGGCUUCCGAGCCUUACUGGGACCUGCCGUCGUAUCAUGUGCACCAACUCGACUGGAAGCAUCCGGUCCAUGCUGAUAGGCUCCGCGAGCGCAGUGAACAACAUGACAGUGAGAUCAAAGCACUGUUUUGGGACACGAACCACAUUUUCGGGCCGACGGAUACUUCUGGGAGCCCUCGGUAUAGAAAAGAGCUGAGGGACUGGCGAAGAUCACGCCGAGAAUAUAUCAUGACCAGACCAAGUGCUCAGAAACAAGCGCAGGAUGAACGGUAUCUACUGGCGUUGUCGGAUCUUAUUGACAAAAGAGACAGGUUCUUUAGCAAGAAACGCUAG